AAAAAUUUCAAAAAAAUAACGAACUUCGCUGACUUCAAACCAUCAACCGCUAACGCACGAAUUUAAUUUGUAUUAAAUUUAAUUAUUGCUAAUUGAAACUUAGUUCGUGAUUUUAAUUAUUCUUCUCCGCAUUCUCUUGUUAUUAUAUUAGUUCUACGCCAUGGCAUUAUUCGACAUCUUUGGUGAUCACCUGAACCUCACGAGGCAAACAAAGAAAAAUGUUUCGAGGCAGCCCCUGACAAAUAUUGAAAAUAUGGGCAAAAUGGUCACAUCAGGGCCAGUCAAACUUAACGAACCAGUCAAAUCUAUGAAAAAAGGUGGUGAAACAAAGAAAUCAUUUCUCUCAAACACAGGCAAAGCUUUACAAAGCACACCACGUGCCGCUUUCACUCCCAGAGCCAAAAAUGUGGUGCCCUUUAUAUACAAUGAUGAAACAGAAACAGUGGAGAAAGGUUACUCAUUUGAAGAAUUGGAAUUUACCAAGCCUUCCUAUAAGAAUGAUAACUACCACAGAGAUGCCCUGGACUAUCUCCCUAUGCCCGAGCUGCAGAUAAAUGAACAUGUGUCGCCACCCAACACACCACCACCAAUCAUUGCUAGGCAUAGCAUGGACUUGGAUUGCUCUUAUCAAGACGAGUUUUUCACAGACGAUUUUUCCAAUGAAAGCAUUCCAGAUGAUGACCUGGGGCUGCCAGAGUUAUAUUGAAAUAUGAAAACUCAUCCAAAGCGGAAACUUAUUUUUUUCCAAUUGUUUCUUCUUUAUUUAAUUAAAAAUUAACACUGCUGAUUGACUUGAUUGUUUUCUAAAUGAAAAUAAUUUUAGUGACAAAAUUGUGUUAAUUUUUUCUCAAUGUUUUUUUUUAAUAAUUUUUUUAUAUUUUAUUGAUCUAUCAAUUAAAAAGAUUAUUAAGGUAAUUACAACUUGAGACAGUAUUAUUAUUGUUGUAAUUUAAUAAGAACUUGUUGAUUAAAAUAAGAUUUGUAAAUAGGUACCUCAAGAUUGAAAAAUAAAUUAAUUUUGGAAUUAAA